AUUAUUUUUAAUAUUAAUUUCACAAAAUUUCAAAAAAUAACACAAUUGCCAAUAGAAAUAUGACAUGUUGAAAGUAGUCAAAUGUGUUCUUUAGAUUUUGAUGAAUUUAGACAAAGGCAUAAGUAACGUCAUUGGACCCGCUGCUAUCUAUAUCGCACAACUUACUCAUUUAUUUCUUCUUUUUUGGCAAGCUCAAUUUUUACUGGACUAUAGUGUCCUUCCGUAUGAAUCUAUUAGCUGUAGAGCAAAUUGGUAUUUUGCUUCAGAAAGAUGUCAGAAAAUUCUUCUCCUGAUAAUGAAGAGAACAAAUUCACCGUGCAAAAUAACCGCUGGCAAACUAGUGAUUUUAUCCAUCGAAAGCUUCGGUGCAGUAAGUAUAAACUAUCUUAUUAUGUAAUUUUUAUUAUCAUAAAUCUAAAAGAAUUUUUUAUUUUUUUAAAGGUUGUGAAAGCUUCUGUAUCUUAUCUUACCAUGUUUUAUUCCCUUCGAAAGUAAUUCAGCAUAUCUGUGCAUCUUACUUGUAGUAAGCAAUUUUCUUUAUAUAAAAGAUAAAGUUAUCCAAAACGAAUUCCAGAUCUUUAUAAUAAAAUGAAAAUUUUGUUUCUUAUAUAUACAUAUAAAACUUGUAAUAUAAGUUUCCUAUGUUUCUUUAUGUUUUUCGGCAAUUUUGAUAUUGCAUUUAUUUCUAUAUUAAUAUUUGUUUGAGUUGUACAUUCGUUCAAAUUUCUUGGAAAUGUUCAAAAUGGAAAUUUUGCGUCCUGGAAUUUUGUAUACUAAAAAAAAAAGAAUGAUAAUUUUAGCAUCAGAAAAUAAAUAAUGAUGUAAACUAAAAAUUAUUUGCAAAUUCUAGAAUCCCAACAUUUCACUAAUAGCACAUCGAUAUCGAUAUUUCAUCAAUUUCACGAAUCUAAUUCGUAAAUAUCGAAACUUGUAGAAACAAAACUGUAAAUUUAUGUAGAAUUAUUAAUCUCAUAUAUUCCCUUGUUUGCUUUUUACUUAUUAUUUAUUUUCUUCAAUCGUUAAAAACGUAUAGAGUUUUGUCUUUCCAUGUACAAAACAAAAUCAUUCAAUAUAUCACAUUUAUUCUAUAUAUUGUCAUUAAUACAGGAAAUUUAAGGCCAAUUAACUAUUCAGGAAAAUUAGAAUAGAUCUGAGUAGAAAGCAAUAAUGGUCGAACAAUUUAAGUGUUUUAAUACGGAAGAUCCUGAGCUCGACUCCCGGACAAAGAUUCCAUCAAUUUUCCUGUCUUUUAAAAUUAUAAGGAAUAUAAAGUUAAAAGAAAAUCCUUUUUCAAAAGAUAAUUAUGUAAAAUUAUCUUUAAAAAUGCAAACUGACAGGGUUGGAGAAUCGCAUGCUUAUUCUUCGUAAUUACAAUGCUAUUAUCGAAUAGAAGAUAAACAGAAUAGGUAAAUGAGUUUCUGCAAGUUGUCGGAAACAUUCAGUGGAAUCGCUGGUUCCCCGUAGUAGCAAAAUGAGUAACACAGACAACUUUUAUCGGUGUUACAAGAUCUGUAAAUUAUUCAUGAUCAU